AAACAAGGCAAGCUCCGAACGGAGUCAGCGUGCCAAUAGUAUAAUUAUUAGUAAAAAUUUCUUGUUGAAAAAACGUUUCAUCAGAUCAGCAGCUGUUCAAGCUUAAAGGUUGGAGCCAACUUAUCAUAAAAGUCACAAAAAAAAGAAGAAGAAGACAAUAGAUAUAUAAUAUAAAUCGGCACUAUGGCCGAGAUAUUGUCGCGUGAAAAGGAACUCUUUCAUAUCAAUCAGGAGCUAAAUCUGAUGUCAUUGAAUCAUCCCAUCGACAAUGGCAGCCAGGUGGCUUCCCAGUCCCGCUAUUGCACCUAUCUGAAGCAGAAGGGCCCCAGCACAUUGCUGAAGAAGAAACUGCACGCAAAUGUGAAUCUGGAUGGGGCGAUCAGCAAUCGGCAUACAGUGGGACGUGGCCACAGAUCGAAAGUCAGCAAAUCGCCCAACAAGAGUGCACCGACAACGCCAACACCUCCAUCGACGCAGGCGGCAACGCCCAGAGGCAAACAGACAACGAAUUUAGUAUCACAAUUGAACAAGGCUAGGAUUGGCGAUUGGCGAGGUGGCAGAGCGCACGGUAGGCAUGCCACAGCGCCUGCUGCUUCAACAGCAGCARCAACAAAUUUGUCCACUGCUGCUGCUGCUGCUGGCCGCAUCGACAGCACGUUCACGCGCCGAGCCACACACAAGACGGCCACAUUUGUGAAGUAUCGCAAUCCCAACUUUAAGGCGAGUCCAUCAUUGGAUCUGCUGCUGCGCAAUGCGGAUGGAUUCGAGCAGCAACAGUCACAACAGUCGCAACAGCUGCAGCAGCCGCAACAGCCGCAGCCGCAGCAGCAGCAGCAGCAGCAACAGCAGCAACAGCAAGAGGAACAGCAGCCGCUGGUGGAGCUGGAGCUGGUGCAGCAGUCACGAGAGAGCACAACUAUCAUCAGCGGACAAUCCAAAAAGCAGCUAACCCAAGACAACUUCAUCAAAUUUCUUAAAGCCAAAGUCGCCAUUUUGGAGGAGGAUCAUGGUCAGCUAACGCAGGACAUGGCCGAUCAGAAAAUGCAGCUGGAGCAAACGCUUGAAGCAUUGCGCAAGGCUGAAGCGCAAAGGGAUCAGGCCAUCAGCACCAAUGCCAAAUUGUCGGAGCAGCUGCAUCGCUUGGAGCUGCAAUCGGAGGAUGCGAACCGGCGGCAAAAGGAUCGCCAAUCUGAAUACAACAAUCAGCAGCACGAGCUGGAGCUACUGCGCCGUGAUGCGAAGUUGCUGAAGCAAACCAAUGCCAAUCUGGAGAAUCGUCUAAUGCGCGCCAACGAUGAGGCAGAAGCCACAAGGCAAAUGCUCAGCCAGCAAGCGACACAGCAGCGCGAGGAUCUCGACUACAGUCGCAAGGAGCUGAAGAUGAGAGACAACCGCAUUAAGGCUCUAAAACGCCAGCGUGCGGACUUGCUCAAUGCCUAUAAGAAACAGCUCUUCAUGAUCGACAAUCUGAAGCGUCAGAAUAGCUGUGUGGAGCAGGCGGUGGCCAUCGGCUUUGGCGAGAAGGAGUUCAACAAGGUGCUCGAGUGGAACACGAGCACCAAGACGGUAUUUUAGUGUGUGUGAAGAAUGAUAGAAGGAGAAUAGAGAGAGAUUGCUGCUCAAAUCAAUUUUAUAUAAUUUCGGAAUAGGCGCAUAUUGGAAUUGCUUGUACUACAUUAAUAAAUA